AUGAUCAACAGGAGACAAUUCUUCACACUCUUCGUGACUUCCAAAAAGCUCAACAAAUUUGGCAUCUUCUCCAUCAUGCUUUGGUGGUGGACUUCACGGAGCAAGACAAUACAAAUUGGCUUCAACGGCAUGCAACUGGACCCAAAGGGCCACUGUUUGCUAUUACUUCUUGGUUCAUUUGGAGGUGUCAGAAUGCUUUCAUUUUCAAUAAUGAAGAUUGGCAAUGAUUGGAUUCAAGGUUUCUUUGAUUUGUGUGGGAAUACUACAUCUCUGCAUGCAGAAUUGUUCGCGUUAGCUCAUGGCAUCAAGCUCACAUGGUCUAUGGGUGUCUCUCAUAUGGUGUGUGAAUCUGAUUCUAAAGUUGCUUUGGACAUCAUCAACUCGGGUGUGAAUUCCUGUUAUCCUUGUGCAGCUCUGGUUGAUGAAGUUCGAUCAUUCAAAUAA